CCUAAUUAAGAAAACGAAAAGUCUAGAAAAAAAAAACUGAAAAUGGGUCCAAUCUCAAGUUCUUGGAGUUUCAACAAAUUCUUCGCGAUUGUUUUUGUCGUUUUCGCCAUCUCUGGUGAGUUCGUCGCUGGAUACUAUCGACCAGGCCCAUGGAGGUAUGCUCACGCCACUUUCUACGGCGACGAGACCGCUAGUGAAACUAUGGGUGGUGCAUGUGGGUACGGAAACCUUUUUAACAGCGGAUACGGUGUGGCCACGGCAGCGCUAAGCACGACGUUGUUCAAAGACGGUUACGGAUGCGGCCAAUGUUUUCAAAUAACGUGUAUGAAGUCACCGCAUUGUUAUUAUGGAAACCCAUCAACGGUGGUCACAGCCACCAACCUUUGCCCUCCUAAUUGGUACCAAGACUCCAACAACGGUGGUUGGUGUAAUCCUCCUAGAACCCAUUUCGAUAUGGCUAAACCGGCUUUCAUGAAACUCGCUAAUUGGAGGGCCGGUAUCAUCCCAGUUGCAUACCGAAGAGUGCCAUGCCAAAGGAGUGGAGGUAUGAGGUUUCAAUUCCAAGGCAAUGCAUACUGGCUUCUGAUAUUCGUCAUGAACGUUGGCGGCGCCGGAGACAUCAAGAGCAUGGCCGUGAAAGGUAGCCGGACGAAUUGGAUAAGCAUGAGCCACAAUUGGGGAGCAUCUUACCAAGCAUUCUCGUCUCUGUACGGUCAAUCUCUAUCUUUCAGGGUCACUUCUUACACCACAGGUGAAACCAUCUAUGCUUGGAACGUUGCUCCAGCUAACUGGAGCGCCGGUAAGACUUACAAGGCCACUGCCAAUUUCCGUUGAGACUUGCGCUUUUGCCCUUGCAAACCCAAAAUGGGUUUCUCUUUUUCAUUUUUGUUAUUCCUUUUUUUUUGGGUGGGGGAUUUUGAGAAGUUUCGGAGGCCUUUUGACUUUUGUCAUGGGAUUUGUAUUGGCCCGGCUUUAUGUUAUACAUCGACAUGUUUGUAUAAUGUAUGUAUGUAUCUAAUUGUGAUAUAACUCUUUUUAUAAUAUGAUGAAGUUAAA